AUGGCACCAAAAAAGUGGACUACCCCUGAACAGGAGGAGUGGCUGCAGCCAUGGUAUUCAAAGUACAAAGAAACAUUGAUAGGAAAGGUCAAGAACUAUACUAACUUCUUCUGCAACCUCAAUGAGGCUUGGUUCGACGAGUUUCCUGAACCAAGGCCAAGUACGGUGACUCCUUAUGGCCCUCUCACAGAAGAGGAGAUAAAAAUAAUGGAUGCUGCGGAAAAAUCACGUACAAAUAAACUUUAUAAUCGUUUCAAAAAUAGCAUGGGCAGUAUGAGGGCCGGUCGACAGGCAAAGGCAGAUGCCGUAGAUGUGCUCCAGGCUGUAGUAGAGAGCAUCUUGGAGUGCGAAAAGUCAACGCGUGCCUAUCAAGAACAAGAGGCUUAUUCUGUCCUGUUCUACAAAGAACGUGCACAGCCUCAGGCUACUGGGGAGCGGCUCACCUCAGGACAAUGUGUAGCUCUUGUAAAGAAGGAGACUGCCAAAGCAUAUGAGGCCGAGACUGAUGAGAUCAAGAUGCAGGUGAAAGAAUUCAUCGAGCAGCAGAAGGUCACGCAAGAGAAAGACAAAAAGGAAGGCAUUUGGAGUGAGGACAACUCGAAUUACCAACAAAAUCUCGACAAACUUGCGGCUGUCGUCAACAAGUUCUUGAAGGGACUUCACAAUGCAACUGGCCUGUCAUAUACACUCCUUGCCGGUGGUCCCUCCCCCGAAUCCGGUGGUUUGAUUGAUUGCUACAGCUUUCAUGUUGGCCUCACAAAGCUGGGGAAUGAUUUCAGUAAGGCCUACCCAGAAUUUGACGCCGGAAUUAUGGAGCCAUUCCGGGACUACCUUUAUCGUGUAUAUCCUGAAGCAGCAGUCAAGAGGGCAGGGGAAAAUGUUGGAUCCAAAGCCCUCAACGAUGCCAGUCUUUUAAGAUUUUCACCCGACAGUCUCGCAGCUGAUAUAUCUCAACAAGGAUCACCCACCCACCAGCAUAUAUUGGCACGUUCUGAUGUAUCAGACCAUCUACCGCCUUCCUCCCCUUUGCUGCCUUCAUCCCCUUUUCCAACAUCAUCCAGUGACGAUAUAUUCGCGGACUCUUUCAAUAAUUCUUACUCCUCUGACUGGGAUUCCAACUUCUCACACGGACCAUCCAACCUUAUGCUGCCUGAUAUAUCAGGGAGCCUACCAUUAUCCAGAGGGAAUACAUCCGCAGACCUCCAUAGCCACUCUGGCUCCUUUCUUGACUCAGAUCCCAACCUCCCAGACGAAAAUGGGACACAUUUCUGGAUGAGGCCAGACUUUGACGCCUUCUUGCUUGGCCUUGAGUCAUCCAGUGUGCUAGCAGGCAAGGAACUCCCUCAACCUGCACUCACCCAAUCUCUAUUGCAUACAGCUGCACCUGCUUGUAGUCCUACGACUUUUCCCACCACUGCAAGUCUCCACCCUACCGAGCAGCUUGUCACGAGUCUCACCACUGACACACCUACUUUACUGGCCCCACAUGCUCCCCAUAUGAUGGCUCCCACAUCUCCCUCUCUUCCUCUCCACCCUACCGAGCAGCUUGUCAUGAGUCUCACCACUGACACGCCUACUUUACCGGCCCCACAUGCUCCCCAUACGAUGGCUCCCACAUCUCCCUCUCUUCCUCUUCACCCUACCGAGCAGCUUGUAAUGCAAGCGACAACUACUGACGAAACACAAUGGCAGGUGACAAACCUUUUAACCUCUUCUGCAGAUGCCAAUAGUACAACCAGUGCAUCCUACGCUCCUGCUACGGCAGAUCCUGACGGCACUGAGAAUGUUGCAACUGCAGAUUGUGACACCCAUAUUCGCCACACACGGACCGGUCGCAUAUGUAAACCAUCCACUCGCCACGUCACUGCGAAUGCUAUUGGCAACCACAUCAAGGACGUAUCUGCCAAGCGUCCCCAUGAACACGCUGGAGGCUCUUCUGGGGAGAACAAAGACUUGACUUCAAUAUUGCACACUCUCCAGUUGGAAAACUAUCUUACUGCCAGUUGUCAUCCUAUUUAG